AUGCAAAAGAGAUUCACACAUCUUAUUAAUAAAUUGAAUGAUCUAGGUAAUCGUAUCUCCAAUGCUAUUGCUACUAACAAGGUUUUAAGAUGUCUUAAUAGGGAAUGGAAACCAAAGGUCACUGUGAUCAAAGAAGCGAAUAAUCUUAAAGCACUUGAUCUUACUGCUUUGUUUGGUAAAUUGGAAGAACAUGAGCAAGAACUCACUUGCUUGGAAAAAUAUGAAAAAGAGCAUGAAAAGAAGAUGAAUAAAGAGAAAGGUAAAGACAAGGUGGAAGAGAAGAAGUCCAUUGCUCUAAAGACUUCUAGUUUUAAGUCCUCAAGGAAUGAACUUAGUGAUGUGAAGAAAGGGAUGACAAUAACUCUGAUGAUGAUGAUGUUGGGUUAUUUGUCAAGAGAUGCCAAAGGGCAUCACAAGAAGUCUAGUAAAUCUAGAAGAGCUUAUGUAGCUUGUGAGACUGAAAGUGAUUCCUCAAGCGAUGAAAGCUUCACUUCAAGUAUAGAAUUGACCCAAAUUUGUCUUAUAGAAAAUGGAAGGAAGAAGAAACAAGUAAGUCCUUCUAAACUUGAGUUGCCUAGUGAUUUAUCUUAUUUUCCAUUACAAGAUGCUUUUGACAAUCUUCAUAGAGAAGCAUUAAAUUCUUUUAAGAAAUUAGCUUCACAUGAAAAGAUGGUUUUGCAACUAGAAGCCAGAGUCUUAAAGUCUGAAAGGAAGUUGGAAGCAUUUAAGAUAUCCAUGCUAGAUGUUGAAUAUCUUGAAUCUAGCGAAAAGAUGUGGUAUCUUGAUAGUGAAUGUUCAAGGCAUAUGAUGGGUGACAUAUCACUUUUCAUUAACUUUGUGCCAAAGAAAAAAAGGUUAUUCACUUAUGGAGAUAACAACAAAGGAGUUAUUCUUGGAAAAGGUAGUGUAGGUAAUCCCCCAUCUACUACUAUCUCCGAUGUAAUGCUUAUUGAUAGUCUUAAACACAAUGUUACUAGUAUUAGCCAACUUUGUGACAAGGGUUUUAAAGUCACUUUCACUAAUAAUUGUUGUUUAUUUGAGCAUAAUGAGAAGAAGGAUUAUUUGUUUAAGGGCUUGAGAGUCAAUAAUACUUAUAUGCUAAAUUUAGAUUAUGUGUCCUUGCAUAACUUCUCGGCUCUUAGAACUCCACAACAAAAUGGGGUUGUGGAGCGUAGAAACCGAGUUUUAGAGGAGUUAACGAGGACGAUGCUUAAUGAAGGUAAUUUACUAAAGUACUUCUGGGCCGAUGUUAUUAGCACGGCGUGUUAUGUUUUGAAUAGGAUUUUGAUACGUCAUAUUCUAAACAAAAACCCCUAUGAGUUACUUAGAGGUAGAAAACCUAAUGUUUUUCACCUUCUUGUCUUUGGAUGUAAAAGCUCUAUUUUGAACAACGGAAAGGACAAUCUAGGUGAAUUUGAUGCUAAAGCCGAUGAGGGUAUCUUCCUCGGAUACUCACAAUCUAGUAAGGCAUAUAAGGUCUAUAAUAAGAGGCUAAUUAUUGUUGAGGAGUCUGUUCAUGUAUCUUUUGAUGAAUAUUUUCCGAAAAAUGUUGGGAAAGGUAUAUCUUUUAAUGAUAUAGGUGUAUCUUUGCAUGACAUUCUCAAGAAAUCCGAUAGAGGGAUUGAUCAACCUCAAACGAAUGAAAAUGAUAAAGUAGAAGAUGAUGAUUAA